AUGACCCUUAUUUCUAUUGAGGGAGAAAUUGCAAACUACACAACCCUUUCAUUGAUGGUUAGCAAUGACUCUUUCAGAAAAUCUUUCAUCGACUCUUCGAUAAGGAUAGUGAGGCUUUAUGACUUCCAAGGCCUAGACCUUUGUUGGGUUUCAGCAAACACAAGCUCAGACAUGACCAAUAUGGGAUUACUCUUUCAGGAGUGGCGCGAUGCUGUGAAUUCCGAGGCAAAGAAGUCUAGCCAGAAAGAAUUGAUCUUGACUGCUGUAGUUCAUUACUCCCUAGAUGUAGAAAGUGCUUCUUUCCCGAUGGACUCAAUCAGGAGCUACUUGAACUGGGUGCAUGUCCUGGCUUAUGGCUACCAUGUGCCUAAAUGGUCAGAAAUUACGGGUGCUCAUGCAGCCUUGUAUGACCCAUCAAGUCUGACACAGAUUAUGGAAUUGGCGCAUGGAUUGAUAGAGUCUUGUCUGCAAGCCAGUUGGUUCUGGACUGGUCGGUGUGCGCAACAAUUGGUAUUAGAGCUUUGGUUCGUGCUGUCCAGAAAUCAAGUCGAUCAAAAUCAACUUUUGAAAACUCCAGGGUGUUCCUCUCGUCAAGAUGAAUCCAUUGCCGCAAAGGGAAUAAAAAAUGGAGGUCGGAUGAGCCCGCACUCGCCGGUAGAAGAUCCGAGCGUGAACCCACUCGCUCCACCUGCAUCUGGAGGUUGA